AGAACAUUCACUUAAAUCUUAACAACUGGGAAGAAGAUGAAAAGCAAGGUCUCAACCAUGUGCCCAAAGUUUUCAAUGAUCAUCAUGGUCCUAGGCGUAAUAUUCGCCAACACACAUGCAGCAGUAAUAAGGUGUGCUACGGAGAAAAUGAUGAUUGCGGCUGAGACUCAAACAGAGGAAAUGACCACUGAACAGAUGGGGGCCACCACCCUGGAGGCCAUAACCGAGGAGAGUGCCAGCACUGAUGUUCCUGAACCUGUGGGAGCUUUAAGCAAAGACGAAGAAGCCACCAUAUUGGUUAUAGAUCAAACCCUGCUGGAUCCCGCACCUGCUGAUGUCAAGGUUUCGGAAGCUCCCUCGGCAAAUGAACAACGGUUUGGCAAACUUUUGUUGUUAAGUACACCCAAAUUGGAUGAGAAACCAAAAAUACCGGAGGAGAAUUUCGAGGAGAGCGAAGAAUUGAUGGACUCUUCGGAAAAUAAAACGGAAGCGGCUGAUGCAAAAGCUGAAGAGGAGGCUACAACUGUGUCUGCUACGGAAGAGCCAAAAGAGGAUGAGAAAAAGGAAGAUUCUUCCAAGACUAAGGAUGCCAUACCCACCACCAAGCUAUUCCCCAUCAAUGAUACCCUCUACGAGGCGAACUCAAAAGCGUCAGACAAUGCUCCCGCGAUGCCUGUGCCAGCAAUAACUGUCAUGGGAGAAGACUCAAAAGACUCAGAUAAAGCUGCCGAGGCUCCUGAACCAGCAGUUAUUCUCGUGGAAGAUGAACAACACAAAGAGGAAAAGAAUUCCAAUUUGAAUGCUGUAAUCUUGGCGGAAAACGAAGCUGAUUACGUACUCUUCGAUGCCGAUACGGAGAUCAUCGAGGAGGGUGUUUAUGCCGACGUAAACAGUGAAUUGCAUUUGCAACCCAUAGUUCAGUCGGUGGAAAUAGUGCCCAGCAGUGUGGAUGAUUCCUUGCUGGUCGACUACGUUCACCAUUGGUAGUGGUGAAUUCAACUCAAAUUUGAAACCAUUUUCAAAUUUGUUGUUUGUUAUCUUGAACAGUAUUUUAUCUCUUUUGUUUGUUUGUUUUCCCUAAGUUAGGUGUGACAAAUCGUUAUAACUUUAGCCCGAUAAGUGAAUAG